UUUGACAUUUAAAGGUUAUGUUGUGUUUAAACAACCGUACAUUGUUUUGAUAAAAAUGGGUGCUAAAACCAUGUAAUUUUAUUCAAAGUACUUAAUUUCCACAAAAUUAAAAUGUGUGAGGCUGUAGCAGGGAUCUUAAAUGAUAUUCUGAAAGUUGAAGGUAUCGAGGAAGCAUUUAGUUGUUUUUUAGUACACAGGCUAAAUAAUGAGACUGAAAAGGUUACAUAUUGGCAACAAGAGCUAAAUAAUGCCUUUCGAAACGCAAGCUCAGAGCAGUUGGAUGCAGCUGUAAGACAGUAUUUAGGCAUAGCCUAUGGAUGUUCUCAAAAUCACUUAAAGUUGUUGAUGGAACUCUUAGAAAGUUGUGUCAAAAGUGGAACACUACCUGCUAGAAAAGUUUGUGAAUUGAUUAUUGCUAGUGAGCUUUUGCAACAUAAUAACUCCCAUUUCUGGGUAGAAUGUUUCAAACUGAUCAAAAUAAUUAUUGAUUUGGUUGAGUAUAAGGGAGUCCGAGAAAUAAUGAAAGGAUGUUGUGAAAAAGCAAAAACCCUCCCAUGGUCCUUAAACUCAGGCCUGCAACCACAAACCCAAGCCCUGAUGGAAGUAGCACAAAAAAUAAUGGACAGAGAUGCCUGUCUACUGCCGGGAUAUUUGCUAGUAAAUGAGCUACAGAAGGCUUUCCCAGACUGCCCCCAUUGGAGACUGUCUGCCCUGUUUUCAGACUAUGUAGAAAGUUUUAGAGCUUGUGCCCAAAUGGUAUCUAUUAUUGGACAGACUGAAAUGCGGCCAGUUGUUGAACAUAGCGGGUGUCCUGAGCAUCUGGUGAAUCCUUGGAAAUUGGAUCCACAAACCCUAAGAUUUGCUGUAAAAGGAACUUUACCGUACUCCCCAGAACUACUAGAAAAGCAAACUGGCUUGCUGAGGUACGUUUUGGAACAGCCCUAUAGCCGUGACAUGGUUUGUGGCAUGUUGGGUUUAAACAAACAACACAAACAGCAUUGCCAAGCCAUCGAAGAGCAAUUGAUUGAGCUAGUGGUAUUGGCACUAGAAAAAACAGAGGUUGAAGGUGAUGAACAAGCAACCCAAGAUCUUUGGCUUCAUUUAUCCUCACAGCUUAUUUACUUUGUGCUAUUUCAAUUUGCUAGUUUUCCUAGUUUGGUGAUGUCCCUGCAUUCUAGAUUGCAAGGGAGGGAUUUGAGAAGAGGCAGAGAUCAGCUGAUGUGGGUUCUGCUACAGUUCAUUUCUGGUUCCAUACAACGCAACCCAUUGUCCAACUUCCUACCAGUUUUAAGACUAUAUGAAUUGCUCUAUCCCGAAGAAGACCAACCUCUAACAGUUCCAGACUACAACCAACCACAGUGCACCCGACAGAUGGCCAUGACCUGUAUCUGGAUUCAUCUGACUAAAAAAGCUCAAACUGAACAGGCCAAUAUCACUUGGCCAGUGCCUGCGAAGUUGAGAGCUCACCAUGAUUUUUUGCAGCAUUUGGUUCCUCCUAAUAAUGCUGCUCUUGCAAUGGGAAAUGACUACAGGAUUGCUUUGUUAUGCAAUGCCUACUCAACCAAUCAGGAUUACUUUAGUAAACCAAUGGCUGCCCUUGUUGAAACAAUCCAAGGAAGCGCUAAAUCGUCUUCUCCACCAACAGCUCCCCUCAGCAUGACAGUUUUAGACUCGCUCACUGUUCAUUCGAAAAUGAGCCUAAUCCACAGCAUAGUAACACACGUCAUCAAGUCAUCCCAGGCCAAAUCUGGAAUGCCGCUUUCCCCAGCUCUAGUAGAAACCUACAGUAGGCUUCUAGUCUACACAGAAAUUGAAUCUCUGGGAAUCAAAGGGUUUCUGAACCAGCUAUUACCGCAGGUGUAUAAGUUUCAUGCUUGGGGAACUUUGUAUACUCUACUGGAGAUGUUCAGCUACAGGAUGCACCAUAUACAUCCCCACUAUAGAGUACAGUUGUUGAGUCAUCUGCAUUCUUUGGCUGCAGUACCGCAGGCUAAUCAAACUCAACUUCAUUUGUGCGUAGAAUCUACAGCUUUGAGGCUAAUAACAGGUUUAGGUAGUAAAGACGUACAGCCAGAACUAUCCCGAUUUCUGACAGAACCCAAAGGCAUAGUAUCCGCAGAAUCCGAGGAGCUAAACAGAGCCCUGAUCUUAACUCUAGCAAGAGCAACCCACGUCACCGGCACAGACGGUACUUGGUGCCACGAAUUGCUAGCCACGAUCGCCCAAAGCACCCCACACGCGUGGGCCCCACAGACCUUGGAAUGUUUCCCUAGGGCCAUGGCCGAAUUUUUCACCCAACACGUCGUUCCUAAAGAGAACAAACAACAGUUGAAGAAAGCUGUGGAGGAAGAGAACAGGAAAUGGGCUUCUAUGAACAACGAGAAUGACAUAAUGGCGCAUUUCGGAGUGCCGGGGGCUCCUCCGUUGUUCCUGUGUCUUUUGUGGAGGAUGUUGCUCGAUACCAAUCAUAUCAGCCCCAUCGCUUACAAAAUUCUGGAACGAAUAGGAGCCAGGGCACUCUCAGCACAUCUGCGAAAAUUCUGCGACUGCCUUGUAUUCGAAUUCAGCAACUCUCCAGGAGGCCAGCAUGUUAAUAAAUGUGUAGAUACUGUGAACGACAUGAUUUGGAAAUACAACAUCGUCACCAUCGACCGCUUAGUAUUAUGUCUAGCUUUGAGAACUCAAGAAGGAAGCGAAGCACAAGUCUGUUCCUUUAUUAUACAGUUGGUUUUACUGAAAGCUUCUGAAUUUAGAACGAGGGUACAGGACUUCGUUAAGGACAAUUCUCCGGACCAUUGGAAUCAGACUAAUUGGCACGAGAAGCAUUUGGAGUUUCAGAGGAAGUAUCCGGAGAAAUUUGCUCCUGAGGAACAGAGUGGAGGUUACCAUCCUAAUUUUGGAAAUGUCUGCUUAAGGUUUCUCCCGGUGUUUGACAUUGUUAUACAUAGGUUUUUAGAAAUACCUCAAGUCACAAAGAGCCUGGAAAUUCUAUUGGAACACCUAGGCUGUUUGUACAAAUUUCACGACAGGCCAGUUACUUAUUUGUAUAAUACUCUUCAUUAUUACGAGUCCAAGCUAAGAGAGAGGCCACCGUUUAAGAAAAAAUUAGUUGCGGCUGUGUUGGGAAGUCUGAAGGAAACUUUAUCUGAACCGUAUCAGGCAUUCUUAAAGACCAAUUCCGAGGAAAUAUGGCUACCGGAACUCGAUUACUACAUCCAGAUGAUCAAGAGAGUGGUGGAAGUCAUCAACGGUUCAAAUUCUAACUCUUCAACUGACUGGAGGUUCAACGAAUUCCCCAACGCUGGUGCCCACAUCCUGUACACUACCUGCGUUGAACUGAUGGCACUUUCUGCUGGACCUAAAGCUAUCGCCAACGGAUUGCUUGAUGUGGUUGCUAAAGGUUAUGUAAUGAUUCCGUCCGCCGACAUUCACCAAUGGGUCAAUGCAAUCGGCCUUGUUAUUUCGGCGCUUCCUAUCAGCUACUGGAACGUCCUCCACGAGAGGCUAAUAUCAACAUUGUCCGAUUUAGACACUUGGCCUUUCGAUUGCUCUCCCUUCGACCUAUUUAACUUCAAGCAUACCCACAGCGGCCUUCUUCACAAUCAGUUCAGCUACAUGCUAGCGCUUGCGCACUCCGUGUGGCACCACGCAGGUCCCGGCCAAAUAGCAAGCAUCCCUAGAUGGGUAAGGGAAAGCCUACCGCCCGUAGUAAAGACUGAGGAGCAGUUCUUGUACGUUGGUCAUCUAGUAGGUCCGUUUCUGCAGAGAUUCCACAUGGCUAUAAUGGAGUUAACCAACGCAUUGUACGAAUUGCUAGCUCAAGUUGACCAAGCACAGGCUGAUAUGAAAUAUAUGGAUCCUGUGUGUGAUUUGUUGUACCAUAUCAAGUAUAUGUUCGUUGGGGAUAGUUUGAAGAAGGAACUAGAGGCUGUGGUUAGAAAGUUGAGGCCGCAAUUGCAGCUUCGACUGAGAUUCAUUGCACAUCUGACGAUUGAAGAAGUACAUGCAUCCUAAUACAAACUUAAACGUUUAGAUGUUCAGUAAAAACCUUCUGAAAUGGUUAAAAACUUCAACAUACAGAGUGAGUUUCAUGUAUGGAACACCUCAAUUAUCUCGGAAACGGCUUGCACGUUUUUUAUAGGUUUUAGUGAGUACGGGAUUUGUGGUGCAGCCGAUCUUAUGGUGGCAUUUACAUUGUUGUCAGAUCUUCCAUUAUUCUGGAAAUCUAAUCAACUCGAUUAUUUCAAAUGGAACACCCUCUUUUUUUUUGCGUUGAGAAGUCCUUAAAGCCGCAGUCUCUCUUAUGCGAUUGUCGCAUGCGUUCGACGCAAGCAGCAGUCGCAAGCGAUGUUCUGUGCACUCCUCAAAUGUAAACUUUAUACGAGCGGUCUGUCUUGUGCGUCCGAUGCACAAGACAGACCGCUCGUAUAAAGUUUACAUUUGAGGAGUGCACAGAACAUCGCUUGCGACUGCUGCUUGCGUCGAACGCAUGCGACAAUCGCAUAAGAGAGACUGCGGCUUAAGAAAUAACGAUUAUUUUUCAUGUAAUAUUCCCUAUACCUAAAUACCAUAAUUUCGUUCUAUUGCUACAUUUAUUUCAACAAUUUUUUUAAGCAAAUUAUAAGAAUAAAUUUUUUCGGCCUUUGCAGUUAUUGUUUUAGGUUUUUUUGAUUCUGCGAAACAAAAAAGGCCUUUCGUAAUUUUUCUGUAAAGUUGAUCGUUUUCGAGUUACAUAUAAACAAUUUAAAACUAAAAAGAAUGAAAAAUGCCGAUUUUCAAGGCUCAAAAUCACAAGUAAAAAAUAUUAUCGUUGAAAUUACAAAGAGCCUAAAUUCAAGUUCAAACCUUCUUCUAUCAGAGCCCGAUAAGAAUUUUUGGCGCAUGUUUUAUUCUAAAACAUUGUUUUUUAAUUAUCGUAAAUGAAGCGCUUAUGGGAGGACAAGCAAUCGGGCUGCAUUAACAACAAAUCAAUGUUUUAAAAUGAAAUAAGCCCAAAAUACUUAUCGGAAACUGAUAGAAUAACGUUUGAACUUGAAUUUAGGUACUUCAUAGUUUCAGAAAUAAUAUUUUUUACUUGUGUUUUUGAACCUUGAGACUCGUCGUUUUUCGAUUUUUUCGGUUUUAAAUUGUUUGUAACUCGAAAACGGUCAUUUUUAGAGAAAAAUUACAAAAAAAGUUUUUUAUUCCGAAUGACCCAAAAACCUAAAAUAAUAUCUUCACGGCCAAAAAAAAUUGAUUUUUAUAAUUUGUUCAAAAAAUUGUUGAAAUAAAUGUAGCAAUAACCCAGAAAUUAUUGCGUUUAGAUAUAGGGAAUACUGCAUGAAAAAUAAUCAGUAUUUCCUAAAGACGUCACAACGCAAUAAAUAUACAGAGUGCUCCAUUUCAAAUAAGAAAGUUAAUUAGAUUUCUAGAAAAAUGGAAGAUCUGACAACAAUGUAAAUAUUACCAAAACAUCGGCCGUAUCUCAAGACCCUUACUUAGUAAAACCUAUAAAAAUCGGGCAAGCCGUUUCCGAGGUAAUUGAGGCGUUUCAUACAGAGAACUCACUCUGUAUAUUUAUAAAUGGUUAUUUGCUUCGGAUCUCUUUAACAGGAAUUUUAAAAUAUUUUUGUAUAUGAUAUAGACAUGUAUCUGAGUAUGGGUACAAAUUUUGUUCAUCAAAUCGAUGAUGAUAUUGUUUUAUUCUCUUAAUUUUGAGAUGUAAGUCUUAAACAUUUUAUUGUGAAAUUGAAUCCUUCAUUGAUUAGUCAUGUAGGUAGAUUAGUAUUAUUUUGUAAAUAUAUUUGUAUGAAUAUACUUUUUAUAGAAAA